AUGAGCGACGAUUUUGAGCAUUUUUACACAGAUCUCAAAGAAACCGAGAAAAAUGACUCUGUUCUCACGCCAGGGCAGCAAAUCGAGCGUCUGCUGCGGCCGGGAAGCACCUAUCUGAAUCUGAAUCCCUUUGAGGUUCUACAAAUCGAUCCAGAUGAGGAUGUGGAAUUGGCGAAGAAGAAGUUCAAGCGCCUCUCUUUGCUUAUCCAUCCUGACAAAAACCCGGAUGACCGGGAGCGUGCUGACAAGGCUUUCGAUAUCAUCAAAAAGGCGUUGGCCCAGCUCGAAAACCCGGAUGAAUUGAAGAAGUGCCGAGAAAUGUACACCGAAGCGCGAGCCCGACUAGCCAUCAUUAUGGGAGAAAAGCGUCGCAAGGCCAAGCGGGAUGGCAAAGACGCGACUACGAUUGAAGAAGACGAUCCGGCCGUGUAUCGAAAGGCAUUGUGGGUCGUCGUCACGCGUUGUUUCGCCGAUCGAGAAAAGAAACGUCGUGUUUUGGAGGAGAGAGCUAAUGAGGAGAAGAAACGCUGUGCCGAGCAAGCCCAAGAAGCUGCUGAAAAGCGAAAACUGGCAGAAGAGUUUGCGAAAAACUACGAGGAGUCUCGUGACGAUCGUCGAGGCAGCUGGCGCGACUUUGUUGUGAAGAAGGCAAAGAAGGAAAGCAAAGGCAAAUCCCUGCGCGGCGACUCCUUCAAGCCACCGCGGACGAAAAUCACCAAA